UAUUUUUUUAUCGCCUUAAAGGGAAACAAACCUGUUUAACCUAGUGAAGAUAUACGUUUUCUUCAGCAAAAAGUGAACUGUGCUGUAGAAGAAGAUGCCAGCUUUCAGAUUUCAGGUGGGCGACACUGUAAUGGGCCGAUGGCCCGGCAGCAACCUCUACUAUGAGGUCAAAGUGCUCAGCCAUUCUUCCAAAACUCAGCUCUACACUGUUAUCUACAAAGAUGGCACAGAACUGGAGCUGAAGGAUGCGGAUAUCAAGAGCCUAGCUGGAUUUAAACAGCGCUCUGGACGCUCUCGCUCCCGGUCUCGCUCCACUUCACCAGCACGCACUCGUCGAGGUCGCUCACGUUCUCCAGCCCGAACACCCCGAAAUUCCACAUCUCGCAAUGCAGAGACUGUCAGGGACAAGCUUAAAGAGGUUCUGGAAGUGCGCCUUACUCCAAUAGCAAUGCCAGUUUUGAACAAUAGCAACAAUAAGCAUGAGAACAAUGAGGAAAAGUAUGAAGUGAACAGUGUAACCGAGAAUGGAGAGAAAGAACCUGAGAACCAGGUAAGUGUUCGCUACAACCUCCGUCGCAGAAGGGACAUAGGCCAGGGUGAUGAGCCAGUCGUGGAGGUAGAGAAGAAGACUGAAGUCAUCCAGUCACAGCCUACACCACUGCUGACCAGCAAGACUACUGAGCUAGAGUUUGGAGGGAGGAUUGGUGUGAUGUUUUGGGUGCUGUUGCUUCCUGUGAUGGUACUGGCCCUGCUUAUUCUUUGCCGCCAAAAGGAUGCUAGUCUCUCCAGCUUCCCUUUAAUGCUUCCGCCACUUGAAUCCCUCUGGGACUGGCAGGUCUUUGGAAUUGUUCUCCUUUGGCUGCUCUUCCAGGCUGUCCUCUCCCUGCUCCCUAUCGGCAAGGUUGUUGAUGGAAUGCCUCUGAAAAAUAAAGUGCUGAAAUACAGGAUCAAUGGCUUCUGUGCUCUUCUCAUCAGUGGACUAGCAGUAGGUGCUGCUGUACAUUAUGGCCUGGAUUUUACUUACAUUCAUGCCCAUUUCCUGCAGUUUUACCUCUCAGCCCUUCUAGUUUCCACCCUUCUCAGUAUCUAUUUGUUUAUCCGCUCCCGCUGGGCCUCUGAUGAUGAGCGUGCCCCUGCUGGCAAUUCCGGUUACGUGAUAUAUGACUUCUUCAUGGGGUGCGAGUUGAACCCACGUAUCAAAAACUUUGAUAUCAAGUUUUUCUGUGAAAUGCGGCCUGGACUUAUUGGUUGGGUUGUUAUCAACUUUGCUAUGUUAAUGACUGAGAUGAAACUCCAGAACCGUGAUGCUCCAUCUACAGCUAUGCUUCUCGUGAAUAUCUUUCAGUUGCUUUGGGUUGCUGAUGGACUUUGGCAUGAGGAAAAACUUCUAUCCAUGAUGGAUAUAGUGUAUGAUGGCUUUGGGUUUAUGCUGGCAUUUGGAGAUCUGGCUUGGGUUCCAUUUACUUUCACUUGUCAGUCAUACUACCUUGCCACUCACCCCAGCGACCUCUCUGUGUUCUGGAUCAUUGCCAUAAUCUUAAUGAAUGCGAUUGGUUAUUACAUUUUUCGCAAAGCCAACUCUGAGAAAUAUUACUUCAGAAGAAAUCCAUACAGUCUUUCCUUGUCUCAUUUAAAAACAAUUCCAACUGGUACCGGAAAGAAUCUCAUCGCAUCUGGUUUGUGGGGUUUUGUACGCCAUCCAAAUUAUCUAGGUGACAUCAUUAUGGCUGUGGCCUGGUCCUUGUCAUGUGGUUUCAAUCAUGUGAUCCCAUAUUUCUACCUGUUCUACUUGAUCCUCUUGCUGGUGCAUCGAGAAGCACGGGAUGAGCACCAGUGUAGGAAAAAGUAUGGCUCUGCAUGGGAGGAGUACUGCAAAACAGUGCCUUAUCGUAUCUUUCCUGGAAUUUAUUGAGAACCCUUACAUGGACAUUUGGGACAUGCUAAAUUUCCCGGGCACAAUCUGAAAGAAAACUAGCCAAAGUCUGUGGGUAAUGAAACAACUGAGAAGCAGCUAUUUGGAUCCCAAAAAAAUAUUUAACCGUGCUUGAAUUCAGAUCAGUUGUUUUUUAAGAAUAUAUUAGUUAAAGUGUGAAUGAUGCUCUAGUUUUAAGCUCUGGUUUGUAAAUUAAUGUACAUAUGUUUUUAUACUCAAGCAAUUUCUGCCUUUUUUGCAUAGCAUCCCACCUUCAAAGCAAUAUCUCCCAUAGUGAAGUAUGAAAACAUUAGAAAUAUUUUGCUUUGUCUUUUGUAAUAAUACAGUUUGGACUAUAAUGAUUUUGUUCAUUUUAUUUAAUGGGAUAUGAAUUCUGCUGGUAAGCGUUUUAUAAUUUUUUUAAUGCUAAUUUAUUUUGCUUUAUUUGUAUACUAUAAACAGUAAACCUGUCUCAGGACUAGUGCUUUGUAAGAAAGAAACAGAAAUAUUGUUUCAAUUUUGUAUAUAAGGCAUUCUUUUUAAAAGACUGUGGUAAAUGUCUUAAUUGAAGUAAUAAAAUUGGGCUCUGCGACUUGGAGGACUUGAAGUUUUAACCUAAAAACUGCAGCUAAUAUGGGGUGGCAUAAUUAAUUAUCAGUACAGUAAGAUAUAUUUUUCAACAAAGAAUAUUAAUGUGCUUCUAAUUCUAAUGUAAAUGUUUUUCAUUUUGUUUAUAUGCAGCUUUAUUGUAAAUUAAGCAACUAAAAGGUGCACAUUCGGUGUAAACCAAGCCAGGGGUUUAACUACAGGGGUGGGCAGGUGCACUGGGGCCCUACAUGACAUGAACUUAACCACUCACCUCACCUUAAUUUCACUUACCUUUAAUUCAUUAUAUAUACUGUAUAUAUGUAUAUAUACAUUUUUUGUACUGGGGCCCAUGAGCUUCUAGUUACACCACUGGGCAGAGCAGCCCAUAACCCCUGUAUCUCAAGCACUCAAGUUUUAAAUCCUAGGUGGUGCUAUGGUCCUGGCAUGCUAUCAGCAGGGUUUUAUCUCUUCUGUACAGUUGUGACCUCUGCUGUCCAGUUGGGGCACAUGUACUAGCAAAGCGGGCAGACGAGUAAAGAGAUGCAACCCACCUCUGUCAGGACAGCAGUAGUACAAGUGGCAAGAGAAUUUCAGUAGUGGAAUUGGCAGCAAUUAGACCACACAAAUAAUAAAACCAUUGUAUUAUUAAUUUAAACUACAGUUGUUUUAAUAACUAGUUAUAUAAAUUAUUAAAAUAUCUGUAGUGCCUAUGAACUCCGUUUUAACUUGUAAGGAAUAAUUUGCAUAGAAAAAGAAUAUGGAUGUUAGUAUAUUCAGUUACCUGUAGCAAGUCAGUAUUUUGAAGAAUGGCCAGUUAAUCCAAUAAAGUGAUGAUGAGCUGUUGUAAACCUUUUUUUGCCAAAAUGCCACUGUCUAAUCUAGACUGGCUCGUACUGUGUACUUUUUUCAAGAAUGAAUGUUUGCUGUUGGUAAUUUGCAGAAUCAUUAUUUUUUUAUUAACAGCAAUGCAAAGAGUUGUGAUUUGUUAUGUGGAUAAUAAUUUGCACAUUUUCCAGUAACAUGAGCUUUGUGAGACAAUGUAAUACAACAUAAGCUUCACAGAA